CUCGCACUCCAGCCCUGAGCCUGAAACAAACCGCUGCUCUUUGCGCUUUCCCCGAUCUUUUCGUCGCCGCCAUGCAUCCACAGCCUCUGGAGAAAUGAACACAGCCCCCCGGAGCCCCACGGAGCCCCACGGACCCCCACGGACCACAUAAACCCAACACAAACCCGAGUGCGAGACUGAAAACACGGGAUUAUACCGCGGUCUGAUCCCACGAAGACUCCAAAAUGAUGGCCUCUAGUGAUGUCGACCGCAGUGAUGAUCACAAUCCUUCAGAGAUGGACGCACUGUGCCCCAGUCCCCCUGGCCCCUCUCGCCCUGAGAGAAACUAUGAGCGCAUGGGGGAGCGCACUGGCACCACUUUCUUCCAGACACUGAUCCACUUGUUGAAAGGAAACAUUGGCACUGGUCUGCUGGGUUUGCCUCUAGCUGUGAAGAACGCCGGUCUGGUGUUGGGUCCGAUCAGCCUGUUGGUGAUGGGGAUCAUAGCUGUUCACUGUAUGAGGCUGCUGGUAAAAUGCUCUCACCACCUCAGUGAAAAGAUGAACCGUCCUUCUCUGUCCUACGGUGAGGCGGUGCAAUACGGCAUCGAGAACGUGUCCUGGCUCCGGAGACACUCUCACUGGGGAAAGAGGAUUGUGGAUCUGUUUCUCAUCAUAACUCAGUUAGGAUUCUGCUGCGUUUACUUUGUUUUUCUGAGUGACAACGUGAAACAGGUGGUAGAAGCUGCCAACACCACCACGUUUAGCUGUGCGUUGAACUUCACAAACCAGACGAAUGUCUUUGUGCCCAGUUUCGAUUCGCGGCUCUAUAUGUUGUGCUUUCUGCCCUUCAUCGUGCUCCUUGUCUUCACCCCAAACCUCAAGUAUCUGGCUCCUUUAUCCCUGGUGGCAAACCUGGCCAUGAGCGCCAGUCUGGUCCUCAUUUACUUCUACUCUCUCACGCAUAUUACGUAUCCAAUCAACCUGCCUAAAGUAGGACGGGCCAAAGACUACCCUCUCUUCUUUGGAACAGCCAUCUUUGCUUUUGAAGGGAUCGGAGUGGUUUUGCCUCUGGAGAAUAAAAUGCAACGCCCCCAGAGAUUCACCUUGGUACUGUUCCUGGGCAUGGGCAUCGUGACUUUUCUGUACAUCAGCCUGGGCACCAUCGGAUACAUGUGCUUUGGAGACUCCAUAGGGGGCAGUAUCACACUCAACCUGCCCAACUGCUGGACAUACCAGGCGGUGAAGCUGCUCUACUGUUUUGGGAUCUUCAUCACUUUUGCGCUGCAGUUUUAUGUUCCGGCUGAAAUCCUGAUUCCUCCUCUCACGGCACGAGUUGAACAGCGAUGGGAACGGCCGGUCGACCUGCUCAUGAGGACGGCCCUGGUCAUCAUAACAUGUGCAUUGGCUGUGCUGAUCCCAGAGUUGGACCUGGUCAUCUCUCUGGUGGGCUCCGUCAGCAGCAGCUUCCUGGCCCUGAUUUUCCCUCCUCUCCUUCAGCUUGCAGUGUUCCACAACGAUGGCCUCUCUCCUCUUGUCUCCAUUAAGAAUCUUGUGAUCAGUGUUGUUGGCUUCAUUGGAUUUUUGGCAGGAACGUACAUCGCGAUUGAACAAAUCAUCGCCAGGAAUGUCCAGAAACACAUAGAAGCCACAGCCUCCUACAUGGUCCAAUAGUUAAAACGUUUAAUAUAGGUGGAGUUGUCGGACAUUUUCAGAUUUCUCCUCUAUAUUAUGUAAAUGUGUCUUGGGGCCAUGUGCAACAUGAGUCCAACCAUGUUUAUAUUUCUACUACUACUUCAUUAAUAAUAAUAAUGCAUUGGAAGUGAGGCUGCCAAUUGGCCCCUUCAACUGUCACCAACAUCCAAACACACCACAUUCAUACUAGGCAAGGAGGGUGAAGUCUCCUGCCUAAAGACACAUCAGUUUGUGCUAGAGCUACUCUUGCCCAACUGUAGCAUCUAGUGUUAUCAGUUAUCUCCCAUCCAAAUACUAACCAGGGCCAGCCCAAAUACUAACCAGGGACUUCAGGCAUUGACAAGUAGGUAUUGCACUCCUCAGUUACUCUAUGUAGCCCCAGCAUGUCAUGUCUACAAUCAUUUAUAGAGUCAUAACAUUCAAAGCUACCCAUAGUUGUUAAAAUAAUUGUUUGUUUUUUUUGGAACUGUGAGGUAGUAUUUGCGUUUAAAAUGUUAAAUAGCUUUUAAUGGUUAAUAUCUCUGUAACUAUGGGCCCUAUCCACAUGAAACAAAACCUGGUACAAUGUUCAUGGCGAGACAUAGUGUAGGUUUGUGGACCAAUCCCUAAUCAGUAUUUAUAAAGUUCAAUUGAAUGUGUAGACACCUGUCCUCCACCUAAGAUCAUGACAUGCUUAAAUGGUUUAAAUGGUUAAAAGCCCUCAAAAUGGCAACUUUUUUUUAAGACAAAAUAAUUGUCUUGAACACACAACUAUCAAAAAGCAGACAUAAGGAAUUUCAUUAAUGGAUCCUCAAAAUGUCAUCCAGCAACAUAAAACCCCAAUGGUGAACUUACUGCCAUGCAUUCAGAAUGUAACUUGUAUAGUUCAUACCUCCCAGUGUAAACUGUAAUUUCACCAGUCGAAAAUGUUGACGCCUAUCCUGUUAUGUCUAAAGAAGUCAUUAUGAAUAAAUUAUUAAACUUUAAUCAAACUGUCUGUAAAAUAUAUUUCAUUACUGAUUACCCCCAUAAAAACAUUCUGACUGAUUAUAUUGCCAUUGGCUUUCCUCAAAAAUGUACCAAAUUUAAAUACAUUAUAAAAGUGUCCAUAUAAUAUUGAUAAAGAUGCAUUAUGUAAUGGGGACCAUAGGAAUGGUAUUGCUUUGCCUGGAAAGGUCCACAGUAUGACAUUAAACUUGUCUAUCUUGCAUUUAUUCAAAUAGGUGUUUUUAUGACUACAACACAUAUUUA